CUCCAGCCAAGCCAGUCUCCAGUCUCCACUAUCCCCAGAAGUCAGAAUCAACGGCUAACACCAGAUUCGAACAACUUUGAAGACUCUCUCUCUACUCCCCACAAAUUCUCCUUCUCUCUACCACCAAUAUGCAGAAAACAGCUCAAGGAUGGUUCACCGGAGGCCCAAGCAGCAGUACGAACAACGAUCUUCAAAAAUCAUCAUCUCUACUCGCAGAUUGGAACGCUUAUGCCUCUGCUAAAGCCUCGGAGGAGUCUGAUUCGAGCUUAGGGUUCGAUCUCGAAGCCGCUGUCCGAACCGCCAACGAUAAGGUCUCCGGCACUUUCAACGUGGUUUCGAAAGGAGUGAAGGAUUUACCAGGAAACUUUCAAUCCGCUACUAGCUAUGUUCCUUCUGGAAAAUCUCUCAUGUACUUCGGUUUACUCCUUGCUUCUGGAGUGUUCUUUAUUUUCAUUGCAUUCACAAUGUUCCUACCUGUCAUGGUGCUGAUGCCUCAGAAAUUUGCAAUCUGCUUCACUGUUGGUUGUGCAUUUAUCAUUGGAUCAUUCUUUGCCCUCAAAGGCCCGAAAAAUCAGUUUGCACACAUGUCCUCAAAAGAGAGGCUUCCUUUUACCUUGGGAUUUAUUGGCAGCAUGGUGGGUACGGUCUAUGCUUCCAUGGUGCUUCAUAGUUAUAUUCUUUCUGUGCUCUUCUCGCUAUUGCAGGUCCUUGCACUGUCAUAUUAUGCGAUUUCGUACUUCCCUGGAGGAUCUGCUGGGCUGAAGUUUCUUUCUUCGUCCCUUACCUCUUCAAUACUCAAAUGUUUGGAAGGUGACAUUGACUUGUGGUUUGUUUAUCUAUCUCUUAGUCAUUUUCUCAGUUCCUCUUACACUUUUGGUGGUGUUGAUGUGUUUCAAGACAGUGCUUAA